UGGAAGCCGCUCCUUCCGCCCGGGCCUGGUCUCCGCAGAGGAUCUGGUGCCGUCAUGUCGGCUGCGAUUGCAGCUCUGGCUGCGUCCUAUGGUUCGGGUUCAGGGUCGGAAUCGGACUCGGACAGUGAGGGUGGUCAGUGUUCGCUGCCAGCCGCCGACUCCCUCAUGCACUUGACGAAAUCAGCUUCGACCAAACCCUCUCUGGCAGUGGCGGUGGACUCCGCUCCGGAGGUGGCAGUUAAGGAAGAUUUGGAGACUGGAGUUCACCUUGACCCUGCUGUCAAAGAAGUUCAGUAUAAUCCUACCUAUGAGACCAUGUUUGCUCCUGAAUUUGGACCAGAAAAUCCCUUUAGGACACAGCAAAUGGCUGCCCCUAGGAAUAUGCUUUCUGGAUAUGCUGAACCAGCUCAUAUCAAUGACUUUAUGUUUGAACAGCAAAGAAGAACGUUUGCCACAUACGGUUAUGCAUUAGACCCUUCAUUAGAUAACCAUCAAGUGUCUACUAAAUAUAUUGGUUCAGUAGAAGAAGCUGAAAAAAAUCAAGGUUUAACCGUUUUUGAAACUGGUCAGAAAAAGAUAGAGAAGAGGAAAAAGUUCAAAGAAAAUGAUGCAUCUAAUAUUGAUGGUUUCUUGGGACCAUGGGCAAAAUAUGUGGAUGAAAAAGAUGUAGCCAAACCCUCAGAAGAAGAACAAAAAGAAUUGGAUGAAAUUACAGCAAAGAGGCAGAAAAAAGGCAAACAGGAAGAAGAGAAACCUGGGGAGGAGAAGACAAUCCUACAUGUUAAAGAAAUGUAUGACUACCAAGGUAGAUCCUAUCUUCACAUACCUCAGGAUGUUGGUGUUAAUCUUCGGUCGACUGUGCCACCUGAGAAGUGUUACCUUCCCAAAAAGCAAAUUCAUGUGUGGUCUGGACAUACUAAGGGCGUCAGUGCCGUCAGAUUAUUCCCUCUCUCUGGCCAUUUAUUGCUGUCUUGUUCCAUGGACUGUAAAAUUAAGCUCUGGGAGGUUUAUGGAGACAGACGCUGUCUGCGAACAUUUAUUGGCCACAGCAAAGCCGUUAGGGACAUCUGCUUUAAUACUGCAGGGACGCAGUUCCUCAGCGCAGCUUACGACAGGUACCUUAAGCUCUGGGACACAGAGACAGGACAGUGUAUAUCAAGAUUUACAAACCGAAAAGUGCCCUAUUGUGUCAAAUUUAAUCCCGAUGAAGAUAAGCAAAAUCUUUUUGUAGCUGGUAUGUCUGAUAAAAAGAUUGUGCAGUGGGACAUUCGAAGUGGGGAAAUUGUCCAGGAGUAUGACCGGCACUUGGGGGCCGUCAACACCAUUGUUUUUGUUGACGAGAACAGGAGAUUUGUGAGCACAUCCGAUGAUAAGAGCCUAAGAGUUUGGGAAUGGGACAUCCCUGUGGAUUUCAAGUAUAUAGCAGAGCCCAGUAUGCACUCGAUGCCUGCGGUGACUUUGUCUCCAAACGGGAAAUGGUUAGCCUGCCAAUCGAUGGACAACCAAAUCUUAAUUUUUGGAGCACAGAACAGAUUUAGAUUGAAUAAGAAAAAAAUUUUUAAGGGCCAUAUGGUAGCAGGUUAUGCUUGUCAGGUGGACUUUUCACCAGACAUGAGCUAUGUGAUUUCAGGAGAUGGCAAUGGAAAAUUGAACAUCUGGGACUGGAAGACCACAAAACUCUACAGUCGAUUUAAAGCUCAUGAUAAAGUGUGUAUAGGGGCAGUGUGGCAUCCUCAUGAAACCUCUAAAGUCAUAACGUGUGGUUGGGAUGGUCUCAUUAAGUUGUGGGAUUAAUGAGACUAAUCCUUAUCUAGGGUCAUUUUUGAUCCAAUAUCAUAUUUAACUAUAUUUAAUUAUUAAAUGUGUUGGAUGACAACUUGAUUUACAAAUUAGGAUUUCCUUACAUGGCCUUAUGAAAUUGACCCAUUGUUUAAAAAUUUUUUUUGGUAAAUUUGGCUCACACAAUUUCAUUGGCAACUUCAUUUUGUUCUUUAUAGAUGUUAUUUAUACAGAAAUGACCAUUGGCUUUCAUUGUGGUGAGUAGUAGUUGUUGGCAGGCAGUCUGGGUUUAACCACCCCCCCCUUGACAUACCGAAAGGAUCUCUUUGGGGUUGAGGAAGAAUCCCUGGUGGAUUGGGGGUAAUAUAAUUAAUGACAGAUAAUUCUGAAAGAAGGUAAAACCAUGCACAAUUACUGUUUCCAUUAUUUUUGGUGGGUCAAGUUCAGAUCUUUGGAUUCAAGAGUUCUAUUUUUUAUGACAUAUAUCGUAUGUUUACUUGUAAGGCAGCAAUCUUCUCUGACUGCAGUGUUUCUUUAACUAUUAAACAAUGGAAAAUAAACAGUCCAGAGUUUUUUUCCUUGGCUUUCUUCCCAGUCAGUAUAGACAGGACUAUAUGUUAUAAGAGAAUUAUGUUAUUUUUGAAAGUGAAACUCAAGAGAAUUGAGUCAAGACUUUGAGUUUUAUUUGUAUUUACUAUCUGUAAGGACCUGGCUACACUUCCAGAAAUCAGGGUCUCCUAGGUCAUCGAUUCAUAGAUGUUACUACUGAAAUACUCCUCAUAGGAGAUGGGGUAUGAGGGCGUCGUCUAAAAUGUCAACUUGUAAUUUCUUUGAAGUAGUGUGUUUGAUCUUUAAAAUUAUUCUGAUUUUGCUUAUGAAUAUAUGCAACAGAACUUUUUAGGAGUAGAAAAAUUUUUAACUUCUCUCCGAAUCUUUGAAUAAAAUUGACACUCCAGGAAAAUGGCUGUCAUUCCCCAGUUUGAGAAGCAAUAACUAGUUGGUUUAAAAAAAAAAAUGUUUAAGAACUUGGAUUGUGAAAUCAGAAUAGCCUCUUGAAUAGAGUAGCUAACAGCACUUUGGUUGACAAGCCAUUUCUCCUGUUUUGUUACAAAUCUCUGUAAGAUAUGUGAAUAUUUGAAUGUGCUUUGAAAUAUUUCAGUACCAUGCUUAAAAACAUUGGUUCAUAGCUGCUCAGAGUGCUGACUUAGAGACCAAAAUCAUGUUGAAUGUUGAUAUCCUAAGGGCACUGGGCUCUCGAGAACGAUUCGUGCUCCUUGUGCUUAAGGACUUCCAUUUUCAAAAAAUUAACUUUUAAAAAGGCCCGGUAUAGAUGACCUGGCACUAUGGCCACAUAUAAAUAAAUUUCAAAGAAGAUAGAAAAAGAGAAUAAAAAAUGGUAAGACAUGUUAUUUUGGGGCACACAGACACUCAAAGAAAUACGAACACACUGCCCGGCCUCUGCCUUUGUGUAUCUGCCAGUAAGAGUGGCUGCCCUUCCCAAAGAGGAAGGAAUUCACACAAAACCUUUUCUUUAGUCCCAAACCACUGGUUUUAACAAAUGUGAAUGAUUGAAUUGUGAUGGGACAGAAAGAAUUAAUCAUACAUUUAAGCAAUCUUGUUCAGCAUCAGUAUUGUAUAUGUUACAAAUCAUAAUUUCUAAAUCUGGGUUUAUUUUAUUGUGUUUUUGACUGUUUCUAAACUAAGUAACUGUAUAUAAAAGUUGUCUCUUUUUAAAAAAAAAUCGUAUUUUUAAAUAAAGCAUUUUUU